AUGUCUUGCUACGAGCAGUGCAAGCAGCCCUGUCUGCCCCCUCCCAUUUGUGUGCAGAAAUGCACCAAGUGUGUGGAGCCCUGCAAGACAGUGUGCGUGGAGCCCUGCAGCAACGUCUGCGUGAAGCCAUGCUCCACGCCGUGUGUGGAGGUCUGCUCAACACCCUGUGCCACCCAGUGCACCACGUCCUGCACCACCCAGUGCGUGGAGCCUUGUGCCGCCCAGUGCACCACGUCCUGCACCACCCAGUGCGUGGAGCCUUGUGCCACCCAGUGCACCACGUCCUGCAGCACCCAGUGUGUGGAGCCCUGCAGCACCCAGUGCGUGGAGCCCUGUCCCCCUGAGUGCAUCGACGUCUGCAUAAAGCCAUGUGCCACUCAGUGCCCAACCCACUGCAGCACCCAGUGCGUGGAGCCCUGCGUCACCCAGUGCUGCACCAAGUGCGUGGAGCCCUGCCAAACCCCAUGCGUGGAGGUGUGCGCCACCAAGUGCGUUGAUUCGUGCGAGACGGUGUGCCUGGAGCCAUGCGGCACGGUCUGCUCUCGCCCAUGCUGA